AUGGCCAUGAAGAGGGCUGUACCAAUUGUCGGAACGCUGAUGUGGUUUGCCGAAGCAGCAAGACAGAAUGCCUCGCUGCUGGUCACUUCGGGAGCGAAUUCGGGUGUAACAUCACCAUUGCAGCCGUUGUAUAUGCGCACAGCCCACAGCCAAAGUAGCAAUGCCUAUGACAGUAGAGGCAUUGAGAGCGACCGAGACAAUCGUUCUCGGAGUGUACAUGCUCAGCCAAGUCAUGGUGAGAACGCCAUCGGCUUCCUUGGAGACUCGGGUUACAUGUCAAUGUUCCCAGCUACAUAUGCUCGCACAAGUGCUGAUGAAGGCCUGACGAUUGGGUCGCGAUACCUAGUCAAGCCGCUCUCACCUUUUAUCAGAAAAUGCUACAUCGACAUAUUCGACGAAUUCUGCUCAACAUUCUGUCCCAUUCUGGACGUUGAGUUGUUAGACAGCUCCCAGUCACUGUUGCUUGAGCAAGCGCUCGCUCUCGUUACCACUACGAUUCAACCAGCGCUAUUGACGGAGGCAGAGCCAUCUGUUCACUACAGCAAGGCCAGGGAGCUUUUCAAUUCAGACGCUGAAGCAAAUCCACUUGUAUCGCUGAUUGCAAUCAUGCUAUUCUACUGGUGGAGCACGACGAGCCCCAACGUGGUGAGCAAGAAUGGGUCUUGGUACUGGACUGGAGUCGCCAUUAGACAGGCGCAAGAGAUGGGACUCCACAAACAGCUGCCGGGCAGCCACGGAGGACACUGGCCUGGUGAUAGCCAAGCAUUACGCAGUCGAAUCUGGUGGACGCUCUACGCACGAGAACGCCUCACCUCCAUGUCACAGGGCCGCCCUUGUAUCAUUGACCCUGACGACUGCACUAUUGGCAAACCUUCUCCUCAAGACUUUCACUCUGCGCACUGGCAACAUGGCGAGGUUUUCGUUCAUUAUGUCGACCUGUGUGGAAUCGUCGGACAUGUAGCCGAGCAUCUUCGGCGCCAUCCGAAUGUCAAAGAGCAAUCCGACCAGCUCUUCGUGAGGCUUCACGCCUGGUCAAGCGCGCUCCCGGAUUAUCUGCGGCUACCCUACUCCCGAGGGUCCUCGGCACGAUACGCUCGCGACAUCCGUCAGUUGCACCUACCGUACUUAUCGGCAUUGAUCCUCCUGGGCAUGAAACGGCCAGAGCGCUCAACUCACGCCAUGUCUACUCUGGCGGCAUCUUCCAUUGCACGCAUUUUCGAGGACUUUUUGGUCGGAGGCAAUCUUCGCUUUUUGCAGGGCAUGGCUGGCUGGUACGUCACUCUCGCGCUCCUGGCCCUUAUUCGCGCAAGCCAGGUUCAGGUCCUGAAGGACGCAGCUGAAGGCGCCAUUGAGGUCUUGGUCGCUGCACUCGGAGAUCUGGCGCAACGAUGGCCAUCGGCGAAAAUGUUUCAGGACGGCGUUGAGCAGCUUCGGGCAUCACUCGCGUCGGCAAGCAUGGUCAGGAACGAAAAUCACGCCGAAGAGCCGACCGGAGCUGCCGCCAGCUGCAAGAAUCUUGCAUUGGUGGUGGCCGGUCAGGUUGAAGUUGAGAACAUGUCAGAGACAGACAUUCAUGAGGCUUUGCGCUAUUUCCCUGGGGCUUCCAGAAAUUCCACGCCAAUAUUCGACAUUUUGCUAUCCUUGACGGGCCCGCUCGAUGCACUCAAUCACCAAGACGACUUUGACGCAGCAUUUCUCGACCUCUUCAACGAUAUGGACAAUCCGCUGUCCAGCUUCUUGCUACCCGGCUAUGACGUGCGAGAGAUUCGUCUUCGUGGCUAG